AUGAGUGUAUCUGAGCUUCUUCAUGAUCACUAUUUUACACCAUUGAAUUUAAACUCAUCAACCGUUUUAAUUACAGGUGGUGGCAAUGGAAUUGGUUAUAGUUUAGUACAAAAGUUUUUGCAAGCUGGUAGUACAGUAAUAAUAUCAGAUUGUCGAGAAGAUCGUCUAAAAGAUGCAAAAGAAAAACUUAAUAGUGAUAGAUUACAUUGUCAUCUUGGUGAUAUUGGGAAAGAAAAUGAUCGUAUUGAAUUGUUUCACUGGAUAAUUACGCAUUAUCCUUCGAUGAAUAUUCUGGUUAAUAAUGCAGGUAUACAACGACGAAUAUCGAUGAUGAACGAUUUUAAUACACCAUGGUCAGAACGUCAAAAAGAAAUAGAUAUUAAUUUUUCAGCUCCUGUUCACUUGUGUUCAUUGUUCAUACCGCACUUAUUAAAAGGCAAACAACAAUCAGCUAUUAUAAACAUAACGUCUGAUCUAGCGUUUAUACCUCCAGCAUUUGCACCCGUAUAUGGUGCAACAAAAGCAUAUGUUUAUCCAUAUAUCAUGCAAUCAUCAUCAGCUUUACAUAAUUUCACUGUUAGUUUACGUUUUGAUUUAAAUAAUUCAAAUAUUGAUGUAUAUGAAAUAAUACCGCCACCUGUGAGAACAGACUUAGGCGGUGGACAUCCAUUUGGAGAGCCGGUGGAUGAGUUUACUGAUCAUAUAUUCGAAAGAAUAAAAAGCGGUGAACAAGAAAUUGGUUAUAAAAAGUCCAAUGAGAAUAGAUUAGCAUCAAGAGAACAAAUCAAUCAAACGUUUUUGGAACUAAACACCAAUUAUAAACAUAUGUUUCCAUCGAACACCUAA